AUGACUGGUGUUGGAUGUGCCUUGAAGUCUAAGAAACUUACUCUUCACUUCAAUGGUCCAUAUCAGAUUACCCAGCAGAUUGGAGUUGUUGCCUACAGGGUGGUCUUGCCACCGUAUUUUUCGAACCUGCAUGAUGUUUUUCAUAUAUCUCAGCUUCGGAAUUAUAUUCCUGAUCCAUCUCAUAUAAUCCAAAUGGAUGAUGUACAAGUGAGGGAUAAUAUAAUUGUUGAAGCAUCGUUGAUAAGGAUUAAGGAUCGAGAAAUAAAACAGUUACGGGGUAAAGAGAUUGCUCUAAUGAAGGUUUAUCGGGGAGGACCUGCUAGAGGGAGCUUGACGUGGGAGCUGGAGAGCCGGAUGAGGGAAUCUUAUCCGGGUCUGUUUUUGCCAGUGUGUAAGGGUAUUUUGGUAAUUUAUUAA